AAAUGGUUCGAUGACAUCUCCAUGUAUCUGAGACCACGCCUUCUGGUCUUCUGGAGCCUUAAUGAUUCAAGUCAUUACAAUAAACCUCAGGUCAUUAAGGACUGACCUGAGGAACACACACACACACACACACACACACACACACACACACACACACACACACGUACAAACGAACACACAACGCCGGGUGUAUUUAUGGUCGUCAAACCAACGAGCCCUUCACAGCUUCUCAAGGAGGUCUCAGGUCAGGAGGUCUCCUGUUCUUGUUUCUCGCAAACAUGAGGAUCCCUGUACACACCUGUAUCAAAUGUUCAUGGUGUAAUAAUUACUUCCCGUUGUCCACGCUCGCAGCUCAUAGGGCGACAUGUCUUCCAGAGGGCCUUGGGACUGGAUCGAAAGAUAUAUCUACUAGAAACAAUGAAGAGACACCGUCGUCUAGCUCUGAUCGAUCAGAUGUCGGUUUCUCUUAACCAGGCCCCAGCGAUAUUGGGAGUUGUUCUCCACGGACGGGUCUCAGCGACGAAGCCAGUCAAAACCAAAGGGGUAUCUCCGAAGAAGGCGGGUCUGGUAGGCUCAGCCAUUGCUCCUCCUCUUUAGCGAUCGGUAGUGGACGAAAACGAAAAGAAGCGAAUACAGGAACAAACGACACCUGCAGGAAAAAGCAAGCCUGUCGUGAGGGAUUCUCUCAACCAAACAGUUCUCCACAGCCAGGGCCCAGCGGUUAUAACCCGGGUCGGCCGGCAACAACACCCUCACCAACACCCGGUGAAAUAAGCCAACAUUUCAACGGGGCUUUAACAACGAUCGACGUUCCCAUCCCACCAGCAGACAACGGAGACAUUGCAUCGUAUUUCAACAACAACACUGACCGUCUUCGCGAGGCAGUAGAGUCUGUAUUCCAAGGCUGCCAGCAGGUUAGACCUCCUUCUUUUAAAGUGUACGUAAAAUUUUCCUUCUCUCUUAUAAUGCUGCACACUAGUAUUGGAGAGUAUGUACCCUAUCCUAAGGGUGUUCCAGGGAAAAAACAAGUUCUCAACCUUUCAGGACCCACGGACUGUGUUUUCCAAGCUCUAACACCUUAUCGCUAUCUAAAGUCAAGAAAUGUAGUUUCAUCGGGCAGACAAUGGGAGAAUGCUUGCUUGGCCUCUAUUAAUACAGGUAACAUUCCAACCCCGGUAUCCAGGGAAGACCUCGGUCGGCUUCAAAGAUUAAACAACAUAAGUAUUCGCGUUUACUGUCUAGACAACGUUGAAGACAAAAAAGGCGAACUAACUCUAGUCAGAAAGGGGCUCGAAGAUCAAGAAGUUGUUCAUUGUCUGUUGUUGGGGAACAGACACCAAGCUCUUAUCCAAGACUUUGACGCAUACAUGAACCUGUUUACCUGCCAACGUCGCGGGAAAAAAUGUUUUGCGAUAUCUGCUUGUGCGCCUGUGAAAACAAGACAACGCUUGCUGAACAUGUGCUAAUUUGCCCAACGAUGAUCACAAGACUAAGAUUCCCACCCGCGGGCUCUACUGUGAAAUUUAUUAAUCAUGCUAAGGCAUAUGAGCCAUCUUAUUUAGCAUUCUACGACUUUGAGAGUAUUCUCGAAGAGCCUUCUUCGAAUGUGUCUGGAUGUGUAAAGAGACAUCACUUUGCCAUAGCGUAUGCUUACAUUAUAGUGAAGAGAAACGGAGAAACAGUACAAAGCGGAUCCUAUUGUGGAAGUAAUGCUGUAAACCAUUUUAUUCAUAUGUACAAUGCAGCGUGCCUGGUAGAAGUUUAAAUUUUCUAAAGGCUACAAUAAAAUCAAUAUGACCGAUGAAGAUACGACACGCCACAAUGAGCUAACUCACUGUCUUCUCUGUAAACAGGUUUUUUUUUUAAAGGUAAAGAAGUAAAACAUCAUGACCAUGAAAAAUCAGGAAACAAUUACGUUGGAGCUUAUUGUAAUAGAUGCAACCUCCAAAUGAAAAAUCACAAAUUGCAGCUCACUCUCAUUGCACAUAAUGCUAAUUACGACAUGUCGUUAAUCCUGUGUGAAUUAACGAUACCUGACUUGAAAAUCAAACUAAGACCAAAACGUCCAGUUCACAAAUACCAUGUAGUCAUCAUAAAUGACUUGAGAUUUAUUGACUCGUAUGCCUUAAUGUCUGGUUCACUCGCGGCUUUAGCAAACCAAUUCAUCAGUAAUGGGAACGAACCCAUAUGCACACAACAGAUGUUGAAAGAUGUGCCAACACCUGCGUUGCCAUUAUUGAUCAAGGGAAAGCAGGUGUUUUGUUAUGACUAUAUGGAUUCGAUGGAACGACUUUCUGAGACACGUCUUCCAUCCCGCGAAGAUUUUUUCAAUUCACUUAAAGAAGCAGAACUUUCCGAAAGUGAUUAUGAACAUGCUCAGAAUGUUUGGAAAGUAGCUGGGUGUCAGAGCCUGAAGGACUAUUUGUUGCUUUAUGUAAAAAUGAAUGUUGGCCUUCUAUGUGAUGUCUUCCUAGAGUGGAGAGGUAUUUUGAAAACCCAGUGGAGGUUGGAUAUUGUAAAUUAUGUUAGCCUGCCAGGAUUUGCCUAUGACUCUUUUCUGCUAAAAACACAGCAGGAAUUAGAAGUACUUAGUAACCCAGACAUAUAUCAUUGCAUUCAAACAAAUGUGCGUGGGGGCUACACAAGUGUUGAGCGUCGUUUUGUACGCGCCAAUAACAUCUACACGAACCCUCAGUUUAAUCCAAAAUAUGAUAGAAGCACUUUCCUUUCAUAUCUUGACUUCAACAGUCUUUAUCCUACUGUAAUGCAAGAGAAGUUACCAUGUGGGGAUAUGAGAAAACUAGAUGAGACAGAAAUGCAGUCGUUUUUGAGCGGGGGCUUGGUCAAUCAAGCAACCGAUGGCGAUUUUGGAUAUCUCAUUCUGUGCGAUACUGAGACUAUCUCACGUGAAGUCGUUGAGAAAACGGAUGACCUCCCACUGAUCAUCAGAAGACACAAUAUCACCAACAGAGCUAUAUCGUCAGUCACACGCGAAUGGUAUGAAGAAGAAACCCGUCCAGCACCGUGUAAGAACAUAAAACUGAUUGGAGCACAUGCUGCUCAGGAGAAAAUGCUGUUUGCUCUGCCCCUCCUUAAACUACUUAUUCAACUAGGCCUGGUUGUUAAAAAAGUGCAUGCUAUUUAUACGUUUAAGCAAAAGCACUUUAUUGCGGACUUCAUUCAGGAUAACAUAGAAGCCCGCAAAAGUGCUACUUGCCCUAUCAAGAAAAAUGCAAUCAAGUGUAUUUCAAACAGCAUUUUUGGUCGAUUCCUGAUGAACGUGGCCAGAUAUAGUGAAGACAUAGAUAUUGUCACCAACCGCGAAAAGUUGUUGAAGCUGGCCCGAAGUCCUUACUUUAAACGCGUUGUACCUCUCAAUGAUGGCCAUGUAGUUGUAACUCGCCAUAGGAAAUAUUCACGGGUGAAUCAUUCAAACUACAUUGGCUACUACAUCCUAGAGCUGUCCAAGCUGCGACUAUGUGAUUUCUAUUACAAUGUGUUGAAGGCUCAUUACGGAGAUCGGGCGAAACUAGUGUAUUGUGACACUGAUUCCUUAAUAACAGAAAUUGAAACUCCUGAUCUAUUAACAGAGUACUCGCAGGAACCCUUCAAAAGCUAUAUAAACACAAGUAACUUUAGCCCCUCACAUUCAUUGUACAGCACAGAUAACAAAGGAAAGCUUGGAUUUCUCAAGUCUGAAGUGGGAGAAGGAACCAUCUCAGAAUUUGUAGGUGUAAAACCAAAGUGCUACUCUAUCCUCUUGGCAGACGGUGACCGGUUGAGUUCAGCUAAGGGCGUUCCAAAGUUCAUAAAGAAGAAAAUUGCUUAUCAGCGAUACAAAGACGCCCUAUUCCAGAAGCAAACAUUUAGCUUUGACUAUCAGGGAUUCACAGUGCGCAAUGGACGAAUGAGUACAGUAAAAUAUCCCAAGAGAGGGAUAUCUGUAGUUGAGAACAAAAGAUACUACAUUAGCACCUUGGAGUCACGAUCUUACGGUCAUCCCGAUAAUUCUAUAGGGAUAGAGGAGGAAGAGAAGGAGGAGGAGGUAGCCCAGAUCAUGACACUGUCAAACGAAGAAAAUUUGGAGGAAGGCGAUGAAAGAGGCACAACAGAAGCGAGACUAGCCGAGGUAAUGGGUGGGCAAGAGAUCGGUGAAAUGGGAGAACUAGAAGAAGAAACCUAUGAAUUGUGGGGAGAACGGGAUGUGCUGGCCGAGCAAUAUUUCCCCCCGAAAAAACAGGUAGAGACGGAUGAUGACAUGUUAAUGCUAGCCGCAGAACAGGAAGAAAUAAAUCAAAUGCUCUCAUCAUCCCCCCUUGAAUAUAUGCUAGAAGAUACAGACUUUUCAGAAUAAAUUGUAGUUGUUUAUAAGAUAAGGACUGGUGUGAAUGUUGUAUAUACAGUUUAUAGUGUAAGAAUUUGCCUGCUAUUUUUAUGUUAAAUAUAAAAUAUAUGUAAAUAUAUUCUGUAUAUAGGACUAAUGUUGGAGCCUAUGAUAUUAUAAAAUUGCACAUGAUGAAUCUGGAAUCAUAA